GGCGCCGUCGUUCCAGGCAGUCGUGAUAUAAAGUUCGCAGAGCUAGUAACUCUUGCACAUUUGUCAGAAAUCGGAAAAAACUUCACUUCCUAGUUGAGCUGAAUUAAUAGCUCUGCUCGAAGCGUCCACGAAGUCAAUGUAAAAAAAAAAAACGUCACGACACGUGAUCUAAUUUGCGUCUUUCCGCUGAUCAUUCUAAUCAGCAACCACGAAGCUGCUCGAGGGCUGCGCUACCGAGUGCGAGGUUGGGAGGGCCAUGAAGACAUCCACAUUAUUGUGCAGUGACUUGAUCAAGCAGGAGAUACGAGAUGCCUGCAAGGAUCUUGUUCUGUCCAACGAUCAGCUCCGGGUCGUCAUGCAAAAGUUCACUGACGAGAUGAACAAGGGUCUAUCGAAGGCGGGUCAUGAUGAUUCAACUGUCAAAUGCUACACCACUUACGUGCAAGAUCUGCCAAGCGGCACCGAGAAAGGCAAUUUCCUGGCAUUGGAUUUGGGUGGCACAAACUUUAGAGUGUUGUUAAUCACACUGGAUGGCCAAAAUUUCGACAUGAAAAGCAAGAUCUAUGCGAUACCACAGAGUUUGAUGCAGGGAACCGGUACUCAACUGUUCGAUCACAUUGCUCAGUGCCUGGCAUUGUUCGUAAAAGAUUUAAACCUGCAAGAUGAAGUACUGCCCUUAGGCUUUACCUUCAGUUUCCCUUUGAUGCAAUACGGAUUGACAAAAGGUCACUUGGUGAGGUGGACCAAAGGUUUCAAUUGCAGUGGAGUAAUCGACGAAGACGUUGUCGCCCUCCUCGAACAAGCAAUUAGCAGAAGAAGAGACGUUAACAUUGAUGUAUGCGCAAUACUAAACGACACCACUGGUACCUUAAUGUCAUGUGCUUGGAAAAAUCAAAACUGCAGAAUCGGUUUAAUUGUCGGUACUGGAACCAAUGCCUGCUACGUCGAAAAAACGAAGAAUGCACAAUGUGCAAUUCCGGGCAACUAUUUUGAAAACAAGCCCCAUAUGCUCAUCAACACAGAAUGGGGUGCAUUUGGUGAAAAAGGUGUGCUAGAUUUCUUAUUAACUGAAUUUGACCGCGCCAUGGAUGAAGCCACCAUUAAUCCGACAAAACAGAUAUUUGAAAAGAUGAUCUCAGGAAUGUACAUGGGUGAGCUGACGAGAUUAGUUCUUGAAAAAUUAGUAAACGCCGGUCUUCUCUUCGGUGGCAAAUCCCCAAGUGAUCUUAAAAAGCGUGGCAAGUUUUUCACCAAAUAUGUCUCUGAAAUUGAAAACGAUCCUAAGGGAAGAUACACAAAUUGUCGAGAAAUUUUGGCCGAACUGGGACUGCGAAAUGUGAGCGAUCAGGAUUGCGAGAACGUGAGAUACGUUUGUUCGAUAAUAUCAAGAAGAGCAGCGCAUCUGGUGAGCGCGGGAAUAGCGGCGUUAAUGAAUAAAAUGGGCGAGGAUAAUGUCACUGUAGGCAUCGACGGCUCGGUGUAUCGAUUCCACCCGCACUUCCACGAUCUCAUGACAGCGAAGAUAAGCGAACUCCAGUCCUACAAGUUCGAUCUAAUGCUCUCGGAAGACGGCAGCGGCCGUGGUGCAGCUUUAGUCGCCGCAGUUGCAUCACAGAAGCGGUGAAGACGCGGUUGUCGGUAGUGAGAUAGAAUUGAAUUAUGUAUAAUAUAAAACCGACACAGACAGCGAUAUGAGAGAAUUGAUCUGAAUGAAUGAUGAGUGAGUGAAUAUGAGCGAGAGCGAAGAGAGAUUUUUCUCUACGUUUUAGUUGCAUUUUCUACACUAUAUAUCCUUUUUCCUUUAAAUUUAUUUAAAAUCAUUCUAGGUUAUUAUUCUAAGGCUUCUCCAAAGUCUGAAUAAUUUGCUAGUCCGAAAAAAGGGUUUGCAUGUAAAAUAUAUGAGCAUUAUACUAUGAUCCUUUUUUCGAUAAAAAAAGAUUUUAAAGUAACACUUAUAUAUAGAUACAUCUGCCUUCUUUUGAGUGUAGAAAAUGCAAGAAAAUGCAGUUUAGAAAGAACAAACAGAAAAAUUGCGCGACGAAUGAUUCUUGUACAUAGAGCACAAAAAAUAUAACUUAGCGUAUUAGAGUACUAAGUGAAUACUUAAUGUUCUUUCAAGAAACCAGGAAAAAUCGAGAGUAUAGAUAUCUCUUCUGCGGCAGUCAAGUACAAUAUUCGUUAAUUAACGUGAUUUGUUAAUAAUUCGCAUGUCCAAUUGUUACCGUAAUUGGUUAAUCAUCUCGUAACUCUUCGAUGAGAAAUUAGUGAGAAAAAAUUAGAUGUGCGUAAACAAAUCGAAAAACUGUCAGAUAAAUUUAACUGACUAAAAGAAUGUCGAAUAAUCGUUGUUAAUAAAUGUCAUUGAGUGCAAACGAAUUUAAUCUAUAAUAUGCUAAAUUGAACACGUGACAUCAUAUUGAUUGUAAAAAACGACAAGGAAUUGGUAGAAUCGAGAAUAAACACAGUUCUCCAUCAA